CAUAAGCCUUAAUGAGAAAACUUUUCCACGCUUUCAUUCAAGUGUUCUGGAUCAUGUUCCACCACCGAGCACGGUGGUCAAACUUUCGUCGAGCCAUUGCUUCCUGUCCCCGUCCAACGUCCAACCCAGCUUCUUGCUAUUGUUUUCCAAGUUAGUUGCCAGCAGCACACAAAUAAUCAACUGAGCCAGCACUGUAGAAAGAAGAUGACGAAGACAACUACCAAUGAGGAUGGCACCGGGGGCGACGGGCAGGAUACACAGGAGCCACCUCGAGCAGGGAUGGAGGACAACACCAGCAAUGAUGCUAGAGAUGGGGAUGUUGAUGCAGACAUUGAAUCUCAAACUCAAACCUCAGUUGAAAUCUAUGCAGUACCUGGAAUGGCUGGCAAGCAGCUGAUCCUACAAGAAGAAGAUAUGCACAAGCAAAUGAUGGCAAGGCUGCAGCAACAACAAGAACAAAGUGAACCCUGCCCACCAAUACCAACUUCUAUGCCCAGGCCAACAACAGCCCUUGAAGAAAACAGACGCCAUGCUCAAGCAAGCUCACAUCUCAAUCAUAGCAAAGUCAAAAUUGAGACAGCUACGCACAAUCCAGUAACGCAUCCGACUCAAGAGCAGAUCACCAAGGAAGCAGAGUUGGAGUCAACACAGUUUCUUGAAACCAAGAAGAAGAAUGAUGAACUGCAACCAGUCAAUGCCUCUAUUACAGGGACCAGCAAUGUGGAUACAAGUGACACUUCUAACCACGAUGGGAUCCAACAAGAAAUGUUGAUUGGAGCUGUGGCUAUUGGAGGGAGUGGACUACAAGAACACAGAGAAACAUCCUCAUCUGUCAAAGCCUCACAAGAUGGAACUCAAAAUUUGAACGAUCUUGCAGGGCUAGUUGAAGCAAAUCUAGUGGAUCCCAUGAGUGUGCCCCAAGCAGUGGCAGUCCAUGCCAAUGGUAGGGCUGUUCCAUGGACAAGGCAGGAUUGCUUUUCAUCAUCACUGUGGUUGGGAUUGUGAUUGGUUCAGUUUGUGGGGCUGGCUUGUGUACAGCCAAUGACCCAGUUCCAUCAUCAGCACAGACCACCAGAGACGUUGCGCACGCCCCCAAGAUUGAAAUUGUGCUGACCAGUAUCCUCGGCAAGGACUACUUCCAAGGGGUGACGGAAAAUGGAAAAGGUUACGAUAGAGACCUCCAAGAGUUCAUGCUGGAAACAAGGCAGAUAGCAUUUGACUGGAUUAUCAACCAGGAUCCCAAGCAGUUGGAGUAUGAUUCUCCCAGCUUGGUUCAACGGUUUCUGCUUACACUGCCAAGUUUACAGAAGCUCUGCUUGUGGCGGACUGUCUGCCCAAUGCGGAAACUGGAGUUGCUGCCAUUGAGUGUGGUGCCGAUUGCUGCACAAGCUGUUGUGAUGAUACUGGCUUUUGCCUUUCCAACUGAGCUAGUAAUAAGUAAAUAACAGAUUGAUGAUGUACUAUAGCUAGCUUUGAUUAAGGUACGGUAUGAUUGCUUGAGUAGCU